ACUAGACUAGAUGCGGGCUUUAGUUUCAUGGAGCUGCUGGGGUCAAAGUUGAAAGGAUAAAUCCAAUAUGGCUUCCAACAAACGAGUGCUGUAUAUUGGCGGCCUGGCAGAGGAGGUGGACGAGAAGGUGUUGCAUGCAGCUUUCAUCCCCUUUGGAGACGUCACAGACAUCCAGAUACCUUUAGACUAUGAAACGGAAAAGCACAGAGGGUUUGCGUUUAUUGAGUUUGAGCUGGCGGAGGAUGCGGCAGCAGCUAUUGAUAACAUGAAUGAGUCUGAGCUUUUUGGACGGACUAUCCGGGUCAACAUCGCCAAGCCUAUGAGAAUCAAAGAAGGUUCUUCUCGACCAGUGUGGUCGGAUGAUGACUGGCUGAAGAAGUUUGCAGGAAAAUCUUCAGAGGAGGCUGAGAGGGAUCAAGCAGGAGGAGAAGCAACCAACACUGCAACACAGGAGGAUGAGCCCCCAGCGAAAAAGGGCCGAGUUAAUCCCCAGGUUUACAUGGACAUCAAGAUUGGCAACAAACCAGCUGGAAGACUACGCUUCCUCCUUCGUGCUGACAUUGUUCCCAUGACAGCAGAGAACUUCCGGUGCUUGUGCACACAUGAAAAGGGCUUUGGCUACAAGGGCAGCAGCUUUCACCGCAUCAUCCCCCAGUUUAUGUGCCAAGGAGGCGACUUCACCAACCACAAUGGCACGGGCGGCAAGUCCAUCUAUGGCCGCAAGUUUGAUGAUGAAAACUUCGUCCUCAAACACACCGCUCCAGGGCAGCUCUCCAUGGCCAACUCGGGGACAAACACGAAUGGCUCUCAGUUCUUCAUCACUACUGACAAAACCGACUGGCUGGAUGGCAAACACGUGGUGUUUGGAGAGCUGGUGGAGGGGAUGGAUGUGCUUCGUGCAAUGGAAGCGCAGGGAACAAAGGACGGCAAAACGAAGCAGAAAGUGAUCAUCUCAGACUGUGGAGAGUAUGUGUGAAUGAAGAAGACGUGUGUGCUUGUUUGCUUGUGUGUCUGAGAGCAUGAGUGUGUUCAUAGUCUUUCAUACUUUGAACCCACAUCUUCUGCCAUGUAAAUAUUUCAAUAAACAU